CACACACACCUCUGUCUACACUCGCCUUUUCUUUCUUACUUCUGCUAGAAAAAUACAUUGCUACACCAAAUCUCUCAGCACUGAAACUCAUCGCGGCGCAUCGUGAGACACCAGCAAUAGCUCCAAAAAGAAAUCUUACAAAUACAACAUGGAGUCCCCUCCAGAUCCAGCGAGCGACCCGGGCAACGGCGUCUCAGAGCCGGUUACCCCGGUCAGGGAAACCCCGGUAAACCUGGAGACCCUCCGCAAAGCUGAACACCAAGCCCCGGUGCGCAGGCAGAGCUGUUCCAGUACCAACAGAGGUAUUUCAGUAACCAAGAAGACACACACUUCUCAAAUCGAAAUAAUUCCCUGCAAGAUCUGUGGAGACAAAUCAUCAGGCAUCCAUUAUGGCGUGAUAACGUGCGAGGGCUGCAAGGGUUUUUUCAGGAGGAGUCAGCAGAGCAAUGCGGCGUACUCUUGCCCACGUCAGAAGAACUGCCUGAUUGACCGCACCAGCCGGAACCGCUGCCAGCACUGCAGGCUGCAGAAGUGUCUGGCCGUGGGCAUGUCACGUGAUGCGGUGAAGUUCGGCCGCAUGUCGAAGAAACAGCGGGACAGCCUGUAUGCAGAGGUGCAGAAACAUCGGCUCCAACAGCAACAGCGGGACCACCAGCAGCAGCCAGGAGAAGCAGAGCCCUUAACCCCAACUUACGGCCUCUCCACCAAUGGCCUGACCGAGCUCCAUGACGACCUGAGCGGCUACAUGAACGGCCACACGCCUGACGGCACUAAGCCAGACUCGGCCGUCAGCAGCUUCUACCUGGACAUCCAACCCUCACCCGACCAGUCCGGUCUGGACAUCAACGGCAUCAAGCCAGAGCCUAUCUGCGACUUCACCCCUGGCUCAGGCUUUUUCCCCUACUGUUCCUUCACUAAUGGAGAGACGUCCCCCACAGUCUCCAUGGCUGAGCUGGAGCAUCUGGCCCAGAACAUUUCCAAGUCCCACAUGGAGACAUGUCAGUACCUGAGAGAAGAGCUUCAGCAAAUGACCUGGCAGGCUUUCCUACAGGAGGAGGUGGAGAGUUACCAGAACAAGCCCAGAGAAGUCAUGUGGCAGUUGUGUGCCAUAAAAAUCACAGAGGCCAUUCAGUAUGUGGUGGAGUUUGCCAAGCGCAUCGACGGCUUCAUGGAGCUCUGUCAGAAUGAUCAGAUAGUGCUACUCAAAGCAGGCUCUUUGGAGGUGGUGUUCGUGAGAAUGUGCCGUGCCUUCGACCCUCAGAACAACACAGUCUAUUUCGACGGAAAGUAUGCUGGGCCUGAUGUGUUUAAAUCAUUAGGCUGCGACGACUUGAUCAGCUCCGUCUUCGAGUUUGGGAAAAACUUGUGUUCUAUGCACCUCUCUGAAGAUGAGAUUGCCCUGUUCUCCGCCUUCGUGUUGAUGUCGGCAGACCGGUCCUGGCUCCAAGAGAAAGUGAAGGUGGAGAAACUCCAGCAGAAGAUCCAGCUGGCCCUCCAACAUGUUCUCCAGAAGAACCGCAGAGAGGAUGGCAUACUGACAAAGUUGAUAUGCAAAGUCUCCACACUGCGUGCUCUGUGCAGCAGGCAUACGGAAAAGCUGACAGCAUUCAAAGCAAUAUAUCCAGACAUUGUCCGUGCCCACUUCCCCCCAUUGUACAAGGAGUUGUUCGGAUCAGACUUUGAGCAGUCCAUGCCUGUGGAUGGGUAGUGCUUCCCCGUGCCCAUCCCACCCAGGGGAAUUCACACCGAGGGGAAUGUCAAGCAUAAAUCUGAGACACUUUACCAGUGCCCUGCACAUACACACACCUGGACGGCUGACACACUGCACACACACACUUUUCUCUCUAUUUUUCUUUGUGUGUUUUUUUUUUUUUUUGUUUUUUUUUUGGGAGGAUGUAAUGGGCUGGGGUUGACUCCAGUGGUUUAUUUUUGGGGUUUGUUCCCUCCUUUUACUGACAUAGUUGGGAUUUGGAGCCCAGGGGAGUGGAUGAGAAGAUGAAGACACUUGUUUUUCAUACGCUCCCUCUCUCUCUCUUUCUUUGGCUGAACCUGUAAAGUCCAUGCAUACGAUUCGAGAGCAGUCCCAUGGCGAUUUGUCACGAUCAGCAUAAAUUGUUUUGGCUUGUUUCCAAAUUGGAAAAUGACUCCCAGAGCACAUUCUUCUGAAUCCAGCAUUUUAAACAUUUUUAGUUGUAGCAACAGAAUUUACAGGCCUUUUCAAGCCAAGAAAAAUGAAACAAAAAUGUUUUUUAGAAAUUCAAUUAAGUUUGUAUAAUCACAACCGUUUCAGAAAAGUCUACCUAGAAAUGUACGUAGCUUGUGGCCCGUACGGUAUGCAUGGUCCUGGCUCAGCCAUUAAUUUCCUUCUUUGCUCUUGAUUUUUUUUUUGACAAGUCUUGAUGUCAGACUAUAAACCAGCAGCGAACAAAGAAGAUUACGACAUGAGAGGAAUACAGGAGAUAAAGGGGAGAGUAAUGGAGAAGGAGUGUGUAGCAGAGCAAGUUGCCAUUUGGUGAUGCAAAGCAGCACCUUUCUAUGGACAAUCGUCAAAAAAAAAAGAAAAAAGAAAAAAAAGAAGGCAGAAUUCUGGUAAUUCUAGUUAAAACAUCGCAAAAAGCGCUAUUACUUUUAGCUGUCUGAGACUCCAUCUACCAUAGUUGCUUAGUGAUAUCAUUUAAGGCCAUCUGCUAUUAAGUCCCUCUCUGGAAUGGUGUUAAUGUAAUGCAACGGUCUGACCACCAACAUCCAUGCAAUGCAAGGGUCCAUUCCACCUGUUUUCUAACGUGUUACAGGGUAUACGGUCAUAAGUAUAAACUAUACAGAAAAAAAAAUUAUGUUUAUAGAAUCUAUUUUAAAUAACAUGUAUGAUAUUAGUAGCUAGACUAUUCUUAAUUGUGAAAAAUGGAUAAGGCACUUUUAUUUGCACCUUUCUUUAAUUUAAGACUUGUAUAUUUACCUAGUGAUGUGUUGCAUGUAUAAAUACCACGGUUAUGGAGAACGAGUGCUAGAAAACCCUAAUGCUGCUGAGGAUGGGUGUGUGUUUGUGUGCAUGUUUGUGUAUUUAUUUGUGCGAGCCGGAGGUUGGUGCUGGGCAAAGGAUGAUCACAAGCAUUUUGGGAGGGAGCUAUUUUUGAAACAGCUUCAGUGCUGGAAAACUGUUUCUAGAUCUGCGCUGCGUUUUCGGCACUCAGCAUGAGAAGUGUUUUUAUUUUUUUUAUUUUUUUUGUGCUUAACAUACAGCACCCACAUAGUAGAGAUGCCUCAAUCCAAGUGAGUUUAUCACAAAAAGGUUUCAAUUUCAACAUGUAAUCAAAAUUCAAAAUGUAGACUACCAAAUUGUUGGGAGGCAUGUUAAAGAGAUAGUUCAUAUGAAAAUGAAAAUUCUCUCAUCAUUUACUCACCCUCAUGCAAUCCCAGAUGUGUAUGACUUUCUUUCUUUUGCUGAACACAAACGAAGAUUUUUAGAAGAAUAUCUCAGCUCUGCAGGUCCAUACAAUGUAAGUGAAUGGUGGCCAGAACUUUGAAGGUUCAAAAAGCAUAUAAAGGCAGCAUAAAAGUAAUCCAUACAACUCUAGUGGUCUUGAUAUGGGUGAGAAACAGAUUCAUAUUUAAGUAAUUUUUACUAUAAAUCUCCACUUUCACUUUCACAUUUUUCUUUUGUUUUUGUUGAUUCACAUUUCCACCUAAUGGCCAGGGAAUAUAAUUUAUAGUAAAAAAAAAAAAAAAAAAAAAAAAAAAGAACUUAAAUAUUUAUCUGUUUCUCACCCAUUCUUAUAUCAAUUUUGAAGAUAUGGAUGGAUUACAUUCAUGCUGCCUUUAUAUGCUCUUUGGAGCUUCAAAGUUCUGACCACCAUUCACUUUUUUUUAUAUACUUAGAAUUUUUAUAUUCUUAUAAAAAUCUUCAUUUAUGUUCAGAAGAAGAAAGAAGGUCAUACACAUCUGGGAUGGCAUGAGGUUGAGUAAAUAAUGAGAGAAUUUUCAUUUUUGGGUGAACUAUCCCUUUAAAGGGUUCAAGCACACCCAGUCUAUCGAAUAAAUCAGUUUGUGAAUGGCAGUUUAAUGCAGUUGUUUUAUAGGACCUUUGUUCCUAUAAAACAAAAAGGGUUUGGGGUCUGUGUAUGAAUUGCACAGCCAUUUCAAUACGUCAGCCUCUGUUCAAUGGUUCCAUCUAGUGGUGGUGUGCCACAUGACCACAGCUUGACAAUUUUACACCACUCUUGUAGACGAGUCUGAUCUAGUUUAUAAACGGUUGAUCUGGCAACCUUUUUUGAUCAUCCUUUCAUCCAUUCUUAGAUACACACUCUACUCCACCUGGACUUGGGAUAAAAGUGUUUUUCAUACGAAUUUUCUUUUCAAACCGGCUCUUGUGAAUGUCUUUGCCCAGCAACAACGUUUGUCUGGAACGUAAGAGUGAAACACAGAAGAAAAGAAAAAAUAUUCAAAGCCUUGUCUGGUUGAAAUCCUCUAUUUUUGUAUCAUUGUACAGUGCUUAUGAAGCCUAUGAAAGACGGAAGGGAAAGAAGGAAGGAUGAUUUAGCACUUAAUCCUGCAAUAAGUAAUUCGAAUUUGUGUGUGUUUUUUAUGAUUUUUCAAAGAACAAGACAAUGGUAGUAAUAGUGCUAUUUUUUGGAAUACUUAACUGUUGUGUGUCGUGCGUGUUUUUAAGUCUCUUGAAUGUGCCAUAGUGGUCUUUCCUGCUUUUUUAGAGUGAAAAAAAAAAAAAAAUUAUUUUAACAUUCCAGUAAAAUGAUGUUGUGGCAUUUAAAAAAAAAUAAAAAAUACAAAUUCCAAUAUAAUCCAGAAAAAAAAUACUUCAUUGAUAACUUCAACGACCUGCUAACAGAUGUUUUGACACACCUUGAACUGAUCUUGGUAGCUUCUUGCCUUUAUUUUUGCUGAUCUUUCUUUAAACACUAUGUUUAUUUCCUAAUCACAUAGUUUUUCCUAUGACACAAAGUAUUUUCCUCAGGGAAGGAUCUGACUAACUUAAUUAUGUUAGCCAGCUCUAUUUGAUCUCAAUAGCAUGAUCAUGGUCAGUACAGCUAAUAAAAUAUCUUUUAUUAUAUUUAUGUGUACUACAUUAGAAUACUGUUGACGAAAAUAUUAUUCUUGUUACUGGUUGUGAAAUUCAUUGAUUGCAUCCCUCAAAGUCGUGAUUACUACAGUACAUCAUCAACUGUGAACGACAAUCCCGGUUCAAGUUUAGGUCCUUGUACAACAAGGUUUAGGGAGAGUAAUCAGUCAGAAAUCAGUCACUUAUGAGGUUCCAUUUCAGUCAUGCUCCUCUAGAAGGUAGCUGUCUAUGUAGAUAAUAAACAUCAAGGCAGCUUACUAGGUUUUGGAACAGAACCUGGGUUCUUGUGCUGACUAAAGAACCUAAUGAUAUGUUAAAACUCCCAAUUGAGCUCAUCUGUUAAAGAGAUAGUUCACCCCAAAAUGAAAAUUCUCUCAUCAUUUACUCACCCUCAUGCCAUCCCAGAUGUGUUUGACUUUCUUUCUUUCUUUCUCAGCUCUGUAGGUCCAUACAAUUCAAAUAAAUGGUGACCAGAACUUUGAAGCUCCAAGUAUCACAUCAAGGCAGCAUAAAAGUAAUCCAUACGACUCCAGUGGUUAUAUAUAUAUCUUCAGAAGCGACAUGAUAGGUGUGGGUGAGAAACAGAUCAAUAUUUAAGUCCUUUUUUUACUAUUAAUCUCCACUUUCACUUUCACAUUUUGAAAAUGAAAAUGAAAGGGAGAUUUAUAAUAAAAAAGAACUUAAAAAUGUAUCUGUUUCUCACCCAGAGUGAUUGCAUCGCUUCAGAAGACAUAUAUUAAACCACUGUCGUAUGGUUUAUUUUUAUGCUGCCUUCAUGUAAAUUUUGGAACUUCAAAUGUCUGGUCACCAUUUAUUCAUAUUGUAUGGAACUACAGAGCUGAGAUAUUUUCCUAAAAAUCUCUGUUUAUGUUCGGCAGAAGAAAGACAUUCAUACACAUCUGGGAUGGCAUGAAAAUGAGAAAAUUAUGAGAGAAUUUUCUUUUUUGAGUGAACUAUCCCUUUAAGAAUAUGCCUGCCACUAUUCAGUGGCUCUUUAGUUUUCCUCCUGAUUAUCAUCUUUUGCCAUUUGCAUGCUUUGUUAUAGCCUGUUAUUCACUAGCGUCAGAGCUGUCAGGCCAAAAGAAGACAGUAAUACAUCAUAAACAAUGCGAAAGUGUCAUUUAAUUCAGUCGCACCGUAGGCCGCUGGUUUAUCACAUCACGCAGCAAGCUCCAAGAUCUAAUUCCCUAAAAUCAAACAAAGCAAGAUAACCACCUCAAGCGUACUACGAAUGUGCUACGCUAUUUUCUGGCUAGUUAUUUUGUUUUUUCUCUGGAUUGGGAUGUUCGGAUUGUCACUCAUAAUUGUUUGAGUCUAUGUGCCAAAUACCUCUUCAUGAUUUGCUCCACCUUCAAACGUCCGCAUGGGCAAAUUUGCCUAUCGUGUGUAACAAAUACGGGUUUCUACAGGGUAACCACUGCUGUGGAGUCCCCUUUUAAUGAACAAGCUUUGAUGCACAGCAGAUCGUUGUAAUUUUGUUUCCUGUCCAAUUACUCAUAUCGACGUGUCCUGAAGUUAGUUUGUACGACACCUAGAUGCACCACAAAAGCUAUUGAAGAAGCCACUUUUUGCAUGUUAUGUUUUGUCAGUGUUAGUUUUUAUUAGACUUUUUUUUUUUCUAAUACAAGCAAAGGUACUUAAACAUCUCUGGAUCUGUGGUAUUUUAGAUUUGUAACGAGAAAAGUGGUAUGUUUCUUUUAUUGGUAGAAGAUCCAUAAUUUUUCCAUCGUUCAUUAUUGUAAAUUGGGAAACUAUCUUUUUUUAAAUAUGUGGUUUCCUCUUGUUUAUUCUCGUGAGAAGCAAUAUAUGUCUGAAUGCGGUUGCGAGAGUGCGUUUACAAGAUAUGUGUGUGUUUGUGCUAUGUGUAAUGUAUGCUUAAGGUCAAAACCCAGACAAGGCUUUAAAAGAUAAGAUGCAGCAGGGUCAGAUGGUGAAUUGUAUGUAAGAUCUUAAGUUUUCCCAGGAUUUAAAAUGUUUUAAGUAGCACUGAGCUUGAACCAUUUGAAUAGCUGAACAAGCAUGACACAAUGCACAUCAGUGUUAACGAUUCAAUUAGAUUUAUGCAAACAGGCCUAUGCACUCACGUUUUACGUAAACCGUUUUAAUUCUGUAAACUUUAGCGAAGGCACUUAAAUAUUCCGAUAUUUACGAUCAACGGAUUUAAUGUGUCAUGCUUGUGGUGGCAUUUUGAUUUGAAGUUUAAAGUGUUACUAAGAUGUACAUCAAUCAUUUGCAUUAUUUUCUUCUUCUUUUUUUUAAAUGAGAGUUUUCUUUCCAAAAGCACAGCUGAUAUGUUAUUAAAAGUGAAAUAUGUUUAGAUACAGUAAUAGAAGAAAAGAAAAAAGUCUUUAGCCAUAAUUGAAUGUCAAGCAAUAAUAUAUAUGGUGUAUUAUUAUUCAUUUUUGUGCAUAGACUUUAAACAUCUGCAUGUAAAUACAUUUCUUAUGUAUCACAUUUGUUUGUUUUUUCACUUUCUCUUAUUUCUUUCCACUCUCUGGUUGUCAUUUUUGUUUUAUUUGUAUAUUUGACUAGUUCUGUUCCCGGGUGGAGAACUACGGACGUCAAAUGCCCUGUAAACUGUACAGCUUUAUUUACCUCUCUUCCUCACCUUUCGGCUUUUAAUUCACGAUAUUUAAUGCUCUAUUGAUCACAUGUAUAAAACUAACUUUGUAACUUCUGUCUGUAUAGGUAAGAUGAAAAUACUGCUAAGACCUGCUCAGUGCAAAUAUUUAUCUGUUUAUCAGAGACAUCUUUCUGUACGAUAACUCUGUUUUUAGUACACUUCUCUAUUUUAGACUUAGUUCGAUUAGCGGUAGGGUGUGCUGACAUACAUUUUUGUGUUAUACUGAUGUGUGGUGCUAGGUAAGUUACGUUUGUGAACAAAAAUUAUGGAUUCAUAGACUAGGCCACCCUCUUAGUCCAUUCAUUUCACUGAGUAUUGAUGCAUUAUUGAUAUUAGGACUCGAUAAUUAAUGAUAAUAAUGAUAACGAUAAAGAUAACGAUAGUGGUAAAUUUAGCUUUCUAAUACCAAGCAAGUACCUGUAUCAGUGUGCUAGUCUUGGGACGCGGCUAGGUUCCUUCUAACUUUUAAGAUUAUUAGCAAAAGCAGUAUCGGCUAAGCAAAUUUCUAUUAAACAUUGCAUUUCUGAAUCUUCGCAAUGAAGAAGGUUGUUCAUGCUUGGAAAAAAAAAACAAAAUGGAAAAAAGAAGCAGUAUUGUGUUUAUUUUUGAUUGUUCAAACUUGUAGCUGGAACUGUUUCUAAUCCAGUUCGCACACACAAAACGUUUACCAGUACUUAGUAUCAGACGCUGGAAGGACUGGAUUGUCUUGAUGUUUAGCCACUUUUUGGCUCGCUCCAUUUCUUUUUUUGUUAUUCGUACGCAGUAGUUUCUAAAGACUAGCUUUGCAAGCAUUCGUUUUUUUUUCUAUUGAACAUCUACUCACUCAUAAGGUCUCAUUAUACACACACAAUGGUUAAGUGUUAUAACGAAAUUGUACAGGACAAAUGCAGUUGUAUGAGGUUUUGUGCAAAACGUCCUGUUUCUCUUUGUAGCAAGGCAGAUUAAACUUGCAAUAAUACAGAGCAAACUACGCUGAGUGCCUCUCAGUGGUACAGGAUGCAGAAACUAUAUUCAUUCGUUGUUAUUUUUUUCACUGCUCUCGACGUACUCAAAUGACUGUGUUUGCACAUGUAGGUGACUUCUGUCUUGUGUUACCAACUUUUUUUUUUUCAAUGGCUGUCUUUUUGUGUAAAUGAGGUAUUUCAUGUUUGUUCAUAGCCAUGGAAACAGCAUUUUAUUGUCUCCUGUAAUGUCCUGUAUUUCUUACCGACAGAGAUCAGUCGAAGUUCUCUGUCUCAGAUGUUCCUUUUUGCUUCUCCUCCGAACAACGCAACUGAAACGUGGUUAUGGGACAUGCAUUUUUGCGUCCAGUCAAUUGCACUAUGGUUGGAUGUCUGGGUGAAUGGCAGAACUCUGUUUGGAUAUUUGCAGAGACAAAAUGAUGGACAAUAGGCAAUCCACUCUGUUUUCUCCCAUUCACUCCUGCCAAUUAGGCUUAAGUUGAUAAUUACAAAACAAAUGACUAAUGCAAUGUAACUGAAGUGUUCAUUUAUGUAUGUAAGAUUAUGCAUACUACGAAUCUGGAUCUAUUUACCAUUGUCUGUUUAAUAUGAGCUGAAUGGGAGGGCUUGGGCAGGACGGGUUGGAUUGUGCUCCUCACACGGCAUCAUCAACUGCGGGGGGAAAAGCAUAGAACAGUUUUGGUUGUCACAUAUUUUUACGUCACAUGUUUGCUACUGAUCUUAAAAUGGGGACAGUCGAUCAUGUACCUUUUUAUUCAGCUCUUUGGAACUCUCUUUAGGAGAUAGUCUCUCUCAAUAGUGGUUUUGCUCCUUCUGUUUGUCCGAUUCUUAAAUAUGAAAAUAAGUAUUUUGAUUCAUUUUGUAAAUACCGCUGUAAAGAAAAAUAAGAAAUUUAAUGUUGUCUUUUAAAUACUUUUCAUUCUAAUAUGAAUGUUGUUAUAUUGUACUUAGAAACUGUACCUUUAAUAUUACCUUUAUUAAAAGUGCAUUGGUCACAUCGAUUUUAGAUGUGCUUUAUGUGCUGUUAUCCCAUAAUAAAAUUUACCGCUUGUAAUGGG